AUGUACGCCCUCUGCCUCAGCAUGCUUUGCGUCGCCAACUUCGCAGCCUACGAGCGAAAGGUGCUGGCGAUUUCCAGCUCUAAGCGCCUGGGGAAGCAUCUACCCAUUGAGGAGAUGACACGUUUGCUCCGAGGGGUAGUGCGGGUGAUGAAAUCAAUUCCAGCCUUUGAAGAUUUAGACGUCGCCAACACUAUGACCCUCCAUGCCUUACGCUUCAUUUGCAAUCUCUUGGCCUUCGAAGUGGACUUCAUCACGGCCGAGCUGCAGCAUCUCAAUGUCUUGGAGGAGGUCAGCAAACUCUUUGAGUACUGGUUCCAUGAUGAAGAUAAGAUCGAAGAUAACAAACUCUACGUCCAGACGCUGCAAUCUUUCAUUCUACUGCUGCGAAACUGGUCCUGUGGAAGUUGCCUUGCUGAAAUGAAGGUCAGAGAAAAGAGGGACAAUGCAGCCACCAAAGAGGAACGUGAUUCAGCUGCCAGCAUGUUGAAGGUUUUCAAGUCCGGCAUCAAUGUGCCCUAUUUGAUCGCACUGACCAUGAGGUUCUCCAAGGUGUUGAUCACGGGUCGCAGACAACUGCCCAACCGGGAGGAAGAGCGCGGGAAGGUCAUUGAUGAUGUUUUAGUGAUUCUCCAAACUCUGUUGAAGCGAACUGACAGCCUUCAGAAUAUGAAUUGGGAGAAGGUGGACAUCAUCGACUACGAGAAUUUCUUGUCCCUUGGACGAGCUUUUUCUCUGACGCUGCGGUUGUCCCCGAUCAAAGAUGGCCGGCACAUUGUCAAGAUGCACCGCGUGAAAUCUGAUGCUCAACUCGAAGAUGAACAGAUCCUCGUCGCAGCACCCGGCACCUUGUGUCCAAAGUCACAUUCGGGUGAGCGGAUCUUGAACACGCUGUACUUGAUGGUGAAGCAAGCCUUCCCGUUCAAGGGCUUGGUCUUCCUGGAGUACUUGAUGGAAGUGGCAUAUGGUGAUCAUCGCGAAGAACACACGACUCUCCAAGAUAUGGCAGCGGUGUGUUGUGCCAUUAUUUCCACGCAGAACGCCACCGAUGCAAGCACUCCCACUGUGAACGUCGCCAGUGUCGUGAAGGAUAACGCUGCCUUUGUCCACGCCUUGACCCGGGUACCGGAUCCAAAGAUGCAGAUCUGGCACUAUCGGCUGCUGACAGGCUGGAGCCGGCGUCCAAAGGUUCUGGACGAUUUGGUGGGCGAUGCCGAGGCGCUGAAGUUCAUCGUGGAUCACCUGCUGGAAACACAUUUAUGUCGCUAUAGCGUGGUGAUUGUGCACAACAUCAGCAUGUUGCGCAGCCAAGCCCUGUUGACGUGUCCUGGACAUAUCUCCACCAUUUGCGAAGCAUAUCGACAACUUGGCCCCGGUACGAGCCUACACCGUGGAGAUGAAAAGCAACGACGCCUGGUUCGAAGGUUGCUCCUGGCAUCGGUUCGCAACUGCCUGUGGAACUCUUCGCACAUCCACAAGGAUCUGCACGAUGAUGAUAUGCUGAGCAUCAUCCACCUCGUGUCCUGCAUUGAAGAGGCAGAUUUGCCAUUCUUCAUGGCCGUGAUCCUAUACAUCAGUGAAGGUUGUGAGAUAAAUCGUGUGAGGGAGGCCAUGUAUGGCAACGCUCAGCUCUUGGAGCUCAUGGUGAAGUCCAUGUAUCAACAGGCCACGGCCUGCGUAGUGGACCUGGAGGAGGAGAGUAAAUAUGAGAGCGCCAUGUAUGGCCUGAUCACCGAGGAGGAAGCCAAGGCGGCGGAGCGCUACGACGCGCUGAUGGAGCACAGUGAGGCCAUUGCCAAUGCGCCCAAGAAGCAGACGGAGGCCUACAAGAAGCUUCUGGCCAUCCCUGGAUCGCCGGCGGCACGUGGACUUGGGAAAACCUCCAGCCUGUACCAACGGAGCAGAAGAAAAGGUACACAUCCAGCAGCUGGUGCCAAAGGUGAACCUACGUUGACAACCACCAUGAUGGGCACCAGCUCGCGGAAGCUCUCGGAAGUGGAAGAACGAAGAGGGCAACAAGAGUUCCUGUACUUCGCUGCGGUGGAGCUGUUGACCUUCGGGACCUUUGCAGGCGAUGAUCACGACAGGCAUCAUCCACCUCCACCGGAGGCUGAACCACAUCGCGAAGAGGUGGCCAAAGCCUUGGACGAUGCCUUCAAGCGUUUCACCUUGCAAGGCUUCCUGAAGAUCUUACAGGAGCAGAUUCAGAUGCACAAGAAGAUGAAGGUGGUUUUGUCGGACAUGUUCAUGCACGUCACUACCAAGUUCCUCUGGCACUGUUGGACGCAGGGCAUCUUCACCAGCUAUGUGAACACAGCUUCCAACCUAGAGAUCUUGGCACAGCUGGUGCCCUUCAUGAUCAGUUGGCCCAACCAAGACGUGCAGCAGAUGAUUGGCGACGUAUGUCUCUAUGCUGGUCUACAUCGGUUCCCCGCUGUGUGCGACAUCCUUCUGGCAGAGUACCGAGAGUAUCCAGAGCUUUCCUGCGCGAUGCUCACGCGAUGCAUGAUUAGCCCAGUGGAAGAGACAGGCUUGCGGCCCAAGCAGGCUGUGAGCUUCCUCAAAAUCUUCGUGGCGCUGCUGCAAGAGCCACUUGGCAGCAUCCGUCAUCACCAGUUGAGGGAAGAGAAGGUCGGAGUGCGCGCCUUGAGUCACACAGGGCUCAAGCGCCUGGCCAUCGGUUUGGAAACGGCGCUGCUGAUGGACAGUCCCAAGGCAGAACCGGGGAUCGGUACAAAGCAUGCAGCUCUGCUGGACUUUGGCCCUGCUGGUGCAGACCUGGAGAUCAGGUCUGUGCCAGGAGACAUGGCCUCAAAGCCUGAUCCACUUUGCUUCCGAUGCGGCUUGGCCGUUGUGGAAUCCCAUGGGAAUCCCAUGGGAAUCCGGCAGAUGGGCUGGUGGAAUCACAUGGUGUCUUCCAUUUCCUCGUGUGGUGUUGAUCCGUACCCACAUGUGGACUCUGCCACGGCUUGUCCUUGCACAAUUCUCAAGGAAGCAGAAGAGAAACGCCGAGAGGCGCGUGAUGAGAUCCGCAAAGAGCACGAUGAGUUUCAUCAGGAGUUGGAGGAGAAACGUAAGCGUUUAGACAAGGAGCUCCAAGACCAAGCAGAGGAAGAGAAGGGCAUCGAAGACGAAGUCCAAAAGAUAAAGAAGGCCAGUGAGGCAGCUGCCAAGAAAGCCUUGGAGAAGAAAUCAGAGAAAACUUCAAAGGAUCAAGCUGUGAUGCUUUUGGAGUGGAACGAUGUCCAGGUCACUUGGCUUUUCGCUUCCCUUGUUUUCCUCGGCUGCGUCCUGCUGAUUUUCACGCGCAGGACUGCCAGCAACGUUGAGCUUGGUGAUUACAUUCGUCAAGAUGACCUGGUCCAAGUGGCAUAA